AUGGCGCCCCCGACACUUUUUUUAAUCUCUCUUGUUCUCUUCUCUAUACUUGCUCAUGCGAAUGAUGAGUACUUUACCGUGGGUGACCUUGGCCAGUACACCACUGAUGGAGUUCCUACUCCCGUCCUCACCGGGUCUGUAAUUGAAUUCACGGCUGUUGGUGACCCGGCUAAGGAUGGACUUUUAGCAUUCCUAUCCCCGGACAUGCAAACCAAUGUGAAGUCUGCCAUGGAUAGCAACUGCGCAGCGGAAAUUGACACAAAAUGCUACCAAGAGGUUCUGGACGUUCUUGAGGACUCUAACCGGAUUCUCAAAUCCCGCAGCCUGAAUCAACGCGCACUAGAGCCACGUCAGGUUGAUGUGCUAUCGGCCGGCGCAGUCUUGAUCGCCGCCUUAUUAUUUCCGAUCUUCUACAAGGGGGAUGAGGUGGUCCCAGUGCCUAUCAAGAUCCCUCCGGAGCAACUAGAGGAUUCUUUUGACCUAGAAACUGCUACUGCUAUCAUCGUUGUCACUGAUAACACCAAACCAGAGCAGACAGUCACGCAACCUCCAGAGCAGGACAGGGCAACUGGACUGCCAGCCACGAUUACGACCUUUGCAAGUGCCGGCAACGGCGCGAGCGCAGGAGAUGUGGGCAUCGAGCUGGACUCAACGGUGGCGGCGCACCUCCAGGCACUGCUUUCCGGCUCGGACACAAGCAACUGCGAGGUGGGCGCUAAAUUCUUCCUCUCCUCCUCCCUCUGGGCUAGCUCGCUGGACAUGACCAGCGUCAUCUGUGGUGCGGAGCACAUCCUUGCCGACAGUAUUGGCCGGGACGGGUAUCCCAACUGGCUUCUCAUGAACCAGGGAAGAUUUCCGUGGACCAAAGCAGAGGUUGUGGCAGGUCUGAACACCGUGGUGCAGUGGGCACUCAUUCAGGCCAGACGGCUUAAUCCGACUAUCAGCCCAUCUCAUCUCCAUGGCUUGGCUGUCGGGGCCUUUGCCUUGUCGUGGGCCUACUUUAACAACGGGGCCAUCACGACCAACAAUGUGAUCCCCUCCGCAUCGCUUCAAGGGGGUCCCAGCGCCACGGUGUGUCAAGCGCAGACGGCGACUCAAUGCGGUGUUGAAUGCGGCGUCCAGCCAUGGGCCCCUCAAUUUACCUGCUCAACUGCCUGCUCAACUGUCACGAGCUGCGACGCGCAGCCCGCGCUCACCACAACCCUCACAACCACCAUGACUGCCAUCGGCUCGGACCCGACGGGGUCUUCUUUGACUGGCCAAGGGCAGCAGAUUGCUGUCGCAUCAUACAUCAACCCUCUAGCAGACCAGGCAGCCUGGAAUCGGCUGAUCGAGUAUCCUGUGAAGAAGAUGCCCAUCUUAGUUGCCAACGUCGUGAAUGGCCCGGAUUCAGCCGUUGACAAGAACUGGGCGGAUGUUAUCCAGCGAGCUUCGUCUGCCGGUAAAACGGUCCUCGGCUAUGUGCGAACUGGAUACCUGGGCGUGAGCGACCAGAAAUUCCAAACGCGGCUGGGCUCCGGCGAUUUGGCGGAUUGGACAGCUCAGAUUGAGGAAGAUGUUGAUAUGUGGUACAUGCUUUAUGGUAGCAACAUUGGUGGCAUCUUUUUCGACGAGGGUUGGCCUGAAUGUGGCGACAACAAUCAAUACGCGAACCUAUACAAGUAUAUCAAUGACUAUACUAAGCGCUCCCAUCCUGGCGCAUUUACAGUCCUGAAUCCCGGGUCGCCCAUAGCGUCUUGCUUUGAGGAUACCAUGGACACGCUGCUGACUUUUGAGCUGUCUUAUGAGGCAUACACUAAUUCCUACACACCUAACAAUUGGACACCGAAGGACCCGCGGAAACUCUGGCAUAUCGUAUACAACGUGCCGGAAUCCGCAGUUAGUGAGGUAACCAAGUUAGCUAAGGAGCGUGGAGCUGGCUUCCUUCAGCUCACAGAUGACACUUUGCCUAAUCCAUAUGACACUCUGCCUGGCGAUUCCUAUAUCCAGAGCAUGAUAGGAGCAAUCAAGGGCGGUUCUCUGUUGAAUACUGAAGCAUCAUCCUGGUUAUCUGGAAGCGCAGCAGGAGCGGUGUCUGGACUGUCAAUCUCGACCUCAGACUAUACUUCUGCCAAAUUGUCCUGGAAUGCGGCCUUGAAUGCUCUUGGGUAUUAUGUAUAUUCGGGGAAUAGUGUUAUUGCAAGCGUCCCUAGCUCAAUGACUACAAUCACUAUUGGCGGUCUCCAGCCAGGAGCUAGCCACACAUUCCACGUAAGCGCAGUGGGAGGAGGUGGUUAUAUAGGUUCCUCUUCCAAUACUGAUACGGUCGACACCAAACCUUUGCCAAACGGGAAUACUAUCACCAACUACCACUCCUCUCCUGGGGCAGACUCGACCACUAUCCAGGCUGAUAUUCUUGUUCCUUAUGCUUUCAUCCGCCUCUAUAUCUGGAACUCGGUGGGAUGUGAGUUUGACACCGAUCCGGGAUGGAGCGUCAACUUCAAAAUUGAUGAGUAUGUUUGUACCCACUACAUGGUCGAGGGCACCACGCUAUACAGAUACAGUGGCACACUUCCUGAAGGCUCCACAGCCCCACCAUGGGCAUGGUCGGUAGUUGGGCCUAUUACUCUUAAUAUCAAGGACUACACAUAUAAGUGGACAUUACCCCUGGGAACUUCUACUAUUGACACAAGUAAAUUCGUGAUUCAGGCUCAAGGCUACAACCCCCUGACCAACGUCUUUGAGCCUGACCCCAGCGCCUAUGACUGCAAGGGCUCAUCCAUGUGCACGACCCCAGAUUUUCUGAAGUGGUGCGACCACGCUGUCAAUACCCUGCAGCGAAAUGACAACCUCUUCUACUUUACUACUUCUGCUAAUGAAACCGGAAUUAACCAAUCCGGGAAUUGCUGGGGCGAUCAGACUCGAGGCUGCGGCGUCUUUAUCCAGGGUGAUGCCAGCUGCAGCAUCAGUGGUAAUGACCUGUGGAAUGACUACCAGAACAUCCGCAAUAUUGGCGGCUGUUCCAAGUGUGGCUCGUUCCACAGGGAAGACAGCUGUCUGAUUACCAUUAACUAUGUCUAUCAAUGUGAUAACCACGGCUAG